UGCAUAAACAUUACCAAUAAACAAAAAUAUAACAUAUGACAUGAUAAGACAUCAUUGUAUUAUUGUGAAUUAGCAGAAGUGCAUGAGUGUUUUCAUUCUUUACCGAUGCGGAAUCAUGGCCCAAGUGGAACUAAUACACGGUGGCCUUUUCCGGGGGAAAGGUUUUAGUGUCGGACCGCCACAGACGAUCAUUUAUUAAAUAUUUGUCCUAGUUAAAGUGAAUAAUAGAAUGGACAUGGGAGUUGUGUUGGAUUAUUACACGGUCCCUGGUUAAUAAAUAUGCGACAAAUAAUCCGGUUUCCACCACUGUUGCCAAAACCUGUGUGGCGCCUUUGCUCAUUUAGGUGUCACACCGGUUCUGAUCAUGAUGCUGCUGCUGUACAGCAAUCUGAGGGAGAAGCAGAAACCCAAAACAAGAUAAAAAAGAAAUGUAAAAGAAAGAGACCUUCAUGUCCAGCAGUCCUUGAUCACUUUGACAGACAAUAUGGUGAGGAACUCGGAGACUUGUGGACGUCUGCCAGGACAGCGCUUCUGGACCCUCGGUCUUGGCAGUAUGGGGUCAUGCUCAACCGCUUCAGCGUUUUGACUGACAUAACACAGAAGCUUCAGUCUCAGGGCUUUUCUGCAUUACUUCCGCAAACAAACAGCUCAGCAUCACUUUGUGCUAGCAGUCCAUCCACAGAAGAAAAAGACUCGAUGUUGAUACCUCACUGCCUCCUUCCUCAUGAACUUCAUCAUCACCCUCAGUCACAUCCCUCACUGCAGUGUUACAUCCACCCCCUUUCACUGCGAUUCCCUUCUCAGGCUCACAGGCCUGGUCGGUUGAAGCAGUACUACCUCCUCAAUGCUGCCUCUCUGCUUCCAGUGCUGGCUCUGCAGGUCAGAGAUGAAGACAGAGUUUUGGAUCUUUGUUCUGCCCCUGGGGGCAAAGCCAUAGCCAUAAUGCAGAGUGCAACUCCAGCAUUUCUCUGUUGCAACGAACCAGAUCCUCACAGACGAGACUGGCUGACCAAAACUUUGGAGUCUUUCCUGCCUCCUUCCCUUAACAGCAGAGUUACUGUAACUGGACGGGACGGACGGUUAAUUGCACAAACCGAAGCUGGUUUUUAUGACAAGGUUCUGGUGGAUGCUCCGUGCUCCAAUGACCGGAGCUGGUUGUAUUCCAGCAGCAACCAGCAGGGGGCGCAGAGACUGAAGAACAGAGAAAAGCUGCCUUCGUUACAAGCUCAGCUUCUUCGGUCUGCACUAUCUGCGGUGCGUCCAGGGGGUGUCGUGGUCUAUUCAACCUGCACACUCUCAAGUUACGAGAACUGGGCCGUUGUUGAGAAGAUCCUAAGAGACUUUCCUCAGGCUGAAACUGAAGACCUCUGGGAGGACAUUGCCAUUCCCCUAUCAAACUAUUUCACAUUUAGUCCUCCCCCUGGUCAAAACCAUAUACAUCUAAAGAAGUCUCCACUAACACUGGAUAGCACCGUGUCCACUCGUCACCACAGACUUGGCUUACUAGUGGUUCCUCAACAUGGCAAGAUGUGGGGGCCGAUGUUUGUGUCUCGAAUAAGAAGAAUAGAAUAGUCUCUUCUUCUGUCUCCUUAAAGAAAAAUAUGUGAAACUGAGCUGCUAAACUUGCAUAUUACCUCUAUAUGGAGCACUGUUUAUAAUUCUGCACACAAAGUGUCAGAGCGUGGAAUAUGCAGAGGGGGCGGAAACGGCACUUUUGAUAUGUGAAUGUAAACAUGUCAACAAGUAGAGCUUUCAGGAAAUCAUAAAUGAUGCUGUUUUAACGCUGCAGCUCUAACCUUCUGCACAUCUGUGUGUUUUUUUAUAAUAUUUUUUUAUAGCUGCUGGUUGCUGUGAAGGUGAGUUGAGAGGAUUUACAUUUUAGGGAACAAAAAUAGUUAAUUGCUCAGAUUAUUUUUAUUAACCUCAAUCAUUAUUAUUGUUAAAAGGAGGAUUCAUUUAGUGAUGAUCCCAGAGAAACAUUAUAGAAAUUAUGGGAUAUGAGUGCUUAGCCAGUUUUAGAUCAUGUUUUGCAGUUUAAAAUAAAACCCUCAACUAUCAAAAAGAGA